CAGCAUGCACAGGCUCAUCGGGCUCCUCAGGAGCGUGCGGGAGCGCUCGACGUCCGGCAGCGCUUCCGCGCCCGGCGCCGCCGGGGCCUCCGAGCUCCGGGAGAAGGGCCAGGGCGCGCUGCACAGCGCGGCCGCCAGCGGUGACCUGGCCGAACUGCAGCGGCGCUGGUGGUGGUGGCAGAGACUCCGCAUCAACAGGCGGGACGCGAAGAAGCAGACGCCUCUGCAUCUUGCUUGCGCGAAUGGCCAUGCAGACGUUGUGCGAUUUCUAGCAGGAAAGAAGUGCCAGCUAAACCCUCGUGACAGCUUGAAGAAAUCGCCGCUGAUGAAGGCAGUAGACCACCAGCACAAAGACUGUGUGACUAUUCUGCUGGAGCACGGUGCCAAACCCAACCUCAAAGGUGCUGGCGGCAACACUGCCCUUCACAUGGCUGCUGUCAUUCCUAGCAAACCUCUAGUGGAGCUGUUACUUGAGCACAAUGCCCAUAUCGAUGCUCAGAAUGAGUUGGGGUACACUCCGCUUACUCUUGCGAUCACCGAGCGCUGUGAAGAGAUGGUUGAGUUCCUUCUCCAAAAAGGAGCUGACGUGCAUGCUCGAGAUAAGCAUGAAAGGACCCCUCUUAUGAUUGCUGUUCUUGCUGGGAAUAUGAAUACAAUAAAAAGCCUUCUUCGACAUGGUGCUGAUCUUUCUCAUCAAGACUGUAUUGGCAAGCAAGCUACGCACUAUGCCAGAGAGUUAACGCUUUACACCAAUAUUGCUGAGCAACUGGAGGAAUACAUCAGGUGUGAAAUGACAGGAGAAUGUUCUGCGGGAGGCACAGAAGGCCCAGCAGUACUGGACAGCUUUUGCGCUGGGACAGCUGCUCAUUGUCCCUUGGGGGGACCUGCAAUGACCAGAGCAGGUGUCUUGCCAGCAGCAGCAGAACAGCAAGAGGAAGAAGUUCACACUCCUUCUGAUUCUAAGACGGAUUCCGAAGCUCCAAACAAAGCGUGUCUGCCCGCAGUAGGAGCAGAAGACGAGGAGGAUGAUGACUCCUGGUUUGAUUCUGAGAUUUCUUCACUGGAGAGUGAAAAGCUUCAGCUAAAGCAGGAUGCUUCAGCUCAAGUGGAUUGUCAAAGCGAUAGACAGAGAUGGGUUAGGCAGCUGCAGGAGGAGCUCGCCAACGCUCUCAGAAAGAACUCCCUGGCAGAAGCGUCACUGGCAGCUAAGAAGCGCUACAGCAGGGACCUGCAGGAACAGCGGCUGCAGUUGCAGAAGGAACUGGACAGGUCUACAGCUAAGCUGCAGGAACUGAGAGAACGGCAUAUCCGGACUGAGUGUUAUGUCUGGUUCCUGAAGAAGGCCAUAAAGAAUAAGAAGAGGGAACUAACCACCUCCAGGAACCUGCAGGGCCUUCUGGCCGCCUCUUCCGCAACUGCGGCUAUCCCAGAGCUGGAAGAACGCAUGCAAAGGCUCCAAGUUGGAAAGGCCAGGCUGGAAGCCACAGCCCCAGCAACAAGCCAAGACCAUCGAAGCCCUUCAGAAAGAUCUGCAAGCCUCUGCCACAAGCGCUUCAUCCCGGAGGCCUGA